AAAGCGGAGGAAGAAGCGCACGGAGAGGAAAAAGAAGAAGAAGAAGAAGAAGAGGAGACCGUUGCGUUUUUUCGCUCGACGCGCCUCCAUCUGCAAAAACUCUCCGCUUUUCCGUUAAUUAAAAUAAUAACCAUGAAUCAUUCUAGCUGAAACGUUAGGUGCUUUCUGCCCCCGGGGAGCUAAUAUAACGGAUCGGUACCUUCCUUUAUUAUUAUUAUUAUUUUUUUUGUUUUCCUUCCCUCGACCUCCUAGUUUUUUGGAGGGGAUUUGACAUCAGCGAGCGGCACCAUCAUCAUCAUCAUCUUCAUCAACUUGGAGGCCAGAAAGGAGAUUCAUUCAUCUGUUCCUUUCCUGCUUAGACCUCACUUGGAUGCAUCGCCCGAAUUAUUAUUCCAGCGCUAUUGAUUAAUCGAUGCUUUGAUUGAUCGAUCCGUCGACUAACGGAAAGGCAGAUGCAGCUCGGAAGGGCUCGUGCACACCGGCGUGGUUGACAUGGCAACGACUUAUUCAGUGGCCCGGAUUAUUUAGAUGUAUAAAAUCUAAUCUAGAAUAAUCAUCGUAAUCUCCAUGUGACUUUGCAUCAGUGUGUAGUUUUUAGCCCAGCUCCCUUCAGCUGGCUCCUUUCUCCCUUUCAUCGUCCGGCAGAUUUUGCACCCACUCGUGCUUGUAGCAGAAUGGCCCCGCUGGUUGAAGAGCUGCGCAGACUUGGCUGGAUUCUCAUCAAAGCUCUGCUGCGCUUCACCUUCAUGUUCAUCAAUAACUGCGUGGCGAUUCCAUCCUACUGCUUGUAUUUGAUCGUCUUGCAGCCACUCAGGAUGGUGAACAGCUCUGCUUUCUGGCACAUCGAGGGCGUCAUGUUCCGGUGGCUACUGGCCAUGGUGGCGUCGUGGGGCUGGUGCGCAGGAUACACAGUGACAGAGUGGGGUGACGACGUGAAGCAGAUAUCCGAAGAAGAAGCCAUGGUCAUCGUCAACCAUCAGGCCACCGGGGACGUCUGCACUUUAAUGAUGUGCUUGCAGGAUAAAGGAACGGUGGUGCGGAAGAUGAUGUGGUUAAUGGACCAUGUGUUUAAAUACACCAACUUUGGCCUGGUGUCUCUGAUCCAUGGAGACUUUUUCAUCAGACAGGGCAAAGCACAUAGGGACAAGCAGCUCAUUUACCUGAAGAGUCACCUGGACAAGUAUUACUACAGUCGAGACAGGAAGUGGAUUGUUCUCUUUCCUGAGGGGGGAUUCUUGAGAAAAAGGCGAGAGACGAGUCAGUCAUUUGCCAAGAAGAAUGACUUACCCCACUUAACACACGUGACGCUGCCCCGCCUCGGAGCCACUCAGGUAAUCUUGAAGACACUUGGACCACAGCAGGAGAAUGGCAUGCUGGGAAAUGACGCUGGCUCGUUAGCACAGAAAGAUAGUAAACCUAGAGGCUUGCAGUGGGUAGUGGAUGUGACAAUAGCAUACCCCGAAGCCAAACCCAUGGAUAUCCAGACGUGGAUUUUUGGCUACAGAAGUCCCACUGUCACACACGUACAUUACAGGCUCUACCCGGUACGAGAGGUGCCAGUGGAGACAGAGGCUCUAACAGACUGGCUCUAUCAGAGGUUUGUGGAGAAGGAAGAACUUCUCGCUCACUUCUAUCAGACAGGAGUGUUCCCUCCAUCAAAAGGUCAGAAUAAGGCCGAAUCCCGGGCAAUGACACUGGACUUUGCAUGGCUGUGCGCCGUCCAGUCGUUUGCCUUCAUCUCGGGCUACAUGUGGUACAGCGUCCUUCAAUACGUCUACUGCUGGUUUUGCUCGCUGCUCUGGUGAAGAGAGGGAUCGAGAGAGGGAGAAAAGGAUGAGGGAAAGCGGGACGAUGAUACAAGAAGGAAUAACAGCCAUCAAAGCCAAUCUUGGAUCUGUUGGAAUGCCACAGAUGCUGGCUUAACUCACUGGCAAGAUGAUCGUGAAGGAAAAUUGUAUUUGAUCCUAAAUCCCAAACCUGCACCCCAUCUGGGCACACACACACACGCACUCACCUACACACACACACACACACACAAAUGCAGACACACACUCAGACACACAUGCAGUUCUGCAAUACGAACAUACAUUCAAAGAAAUAGGUGAACAGUGACAUCAUGUUUACACAUGUACACGUCCAUAUAUAUAUAUAUAUACA